AGGAACCCACCUCAAGUUUUCGCUUUCCAGGAAACCAUAUAGUGAGAGAGAAACACAAAGAGUGAAGAGAGAGUGUGAGAGUGAGAGGUAGAGAGGAACCCACCUCUCAGUUUUCGCUUUCUAGGGAAACCAUAUAGAGUUUGAGAGAGAAAAAGCUCAGAGAAGAAGGGAAGGAGAAGAUGAUGACGAUGAUGAUGAGAGAGAAAGGUCGGCAACAACAAUAACAGAAGCAAGCAGAGAGAAAAAAAAAAAAAAAUACAAAAAACACACUCACUCACUCAACUCACUCAGAAAGGUCGUUAUUGCAUUUUUAUUAUAUCUCUCUGAUCUCUCUUUACUCACUCACUCAUUCACUGCUCUCUUCUGCUAAUCUCUGGUCCCCCACCCUCCCCACCCUUCCUCACAAAACUCACUCUUUACUCAUAUCUCCUUCUCAAAACCCCAACUUUUUUUUUUCCCUCACAAAAGCCAAAGUUACAGUAUUUACUAGUCUCAGAGCCGUAGCCAGAAGCAGCAGAAACAGAAAAACAGCAACAGCAGAACUUAGCAGUGUUCUCUCUCUUUCUCUCUCUCUUUUAAGUCUCUUCUUUCUUCACAAAUUUAACAAUAGAAAGUCACUCAACAAACAAACAAGAUCUAACUCCCUCACUCUCAAAAAAUUUACCCUUUUUAUUUAGUUUUUCUGUCCCCUCCACUCUCUUUUAAACUCUCUGAGAGAAUUGCAGAGAAAGAGAUAGACCCCACUUUUUUACAUAUAUAACACCUACAUAGAUACACUUCUAGAUUGAGCUCAAAACCACAACGCUGCUCUCUUCCUCUAUAUAUCUAAUAAUAAUAAGAGUUUUAUAAAAACUUGGUAACAACGGCAUCAACAGUUGUGGCUACUACAAGGAGGUUACCUUCAGAUUCUGGAGCCUUUGCAGACUGGGUGGCUUCAUCGUCAUCAUCACGCGCCGCCGCACCGGAUGAACUCUCCCUUGGCUUCAACGCUGGUCCCACCGCACCUGGACCCUCCAGCACCACCGGACCCAUGUGGUCUUCUGGCUCCAACACCACUAGGCCUCUCAACUAUGGCCUUGGCACUCCAACCCAAACUGAUAUGCCUAUGGUUGGUCUGCGUGAUGUCUUUGUUGUGGCCACUCCAGCCUCUUCUUUUCACCACAAUCUUAAUCAUCACCAUCAUCACCACCACCACCAUGACCAAAGCAACAUGCUCUCUGAUCCUCACUCUCAAUUCAACUCUUCAAACCCCGCUACUGCACUUGGUGUUGGUGUUGGCGUUGGCGUUAUUCCUUUACUCACUGCCACUCCUUGUGCUUCUCAAAAUCUAGCUCUUGAUGAUGAUACAAGUAAUAUGUUUAGUAAUAGGAAUAGGAGUGGUGGUGGUAUUGGUGGUGGUGGAAUUCAGUUUUGGCAAAAUCAGCAGCAGCAACAACAACAACAUGCGCAUUAUUUUAAGAAGACAGGGAUGCUUGAACAUGGUGGAGGUGGGAAUUUAAUGCAAAGUGGUGGUGGGAUUGGAGCGUCGAAUACAACAUCUUCUUCUACAACUACGUGUCAAGACUGUGGGAACCAGGCUAAGAAAGAUUGUACUCAUAGAAGGUGCAGGACUUGUUGUAAAAGUCGCGGUUUUGAUUGUGCUACACACGUGAAAAGCACGUGGGUACCAGCGGCUCGGAGAAGGGAACGCCAACUCAUGGCUGGGGCUACUGGUGUAGCCGCUGGCUCAUCUGGGUCUACCUCUGGUGCUAAGAAACCUAGACUUAUUGCCUCGCAAACCACAACAACUUCUCAUACUUCAACUUCUAAUACCACUCCACCACGAAGCUUUGAUACCAGUUCUAGUCACCAAGAUGUGAGUUUUAAGGAGGCAUUGCCUGGACAAGUACGUGCACAAGCGGUAUUCAAGUGUGUGCGAGUGACAGCAGUGGAAGAUGGAGAGGAUGAGUUUGCGUAUCAAGCAACUGUGAAGAUUGGUGGCCAUGUUUUCAAAGGGUUUCUAUAUGAUCAAGGGGUUGAGAAUAAUAGUAAUAGAGAAGGGUAUCCUAAUAUUUCUGAAUUGCAUUUAGGUGGUGGUGGUGGUAAUAGUAAUGGUGGUAAUGGAGGUAGAAACGGGGCUUCCUCAUCAUCCCCAAUGCUCGAUCCCACCGAUGUUUAUGCAGCCUCAGGCGGAGGAGGAUUGCUUGGAGGAUCAAGCUAUGGUAAUCCAAUAAAUUGAAAUACACUCCGGGUAUAUGAUAGUUUAUCAAUAUAGACUCGGAAGGAAUGGCAUUGUAGGCUAAUUCUUCUUUUGUUUACUAAUAUUAUUGAUAGGAGUUUGUUAAAUUGUUCUCUAGUCUUUGUAUCUUAUUAACAUAUGUCAUGCUCUCAAACUUUCUUGGGGUUUUGAUUU